GCCUUUCCGCUGUUCUGCGCAGGGCAGCCAUGCUGGAGGGGACGCCUGGGCCCUGAAGCAGCGGGACUUUGUAUUCAUUACACGUUUUGCUUUGUUAUAGGAAGACUAAUGAAUCCCUGCCAUGGGAAAUGCUCUUGCUUCAUACUUUGGCCAGUGUAUAGUUCAGCGCUGUGGAACAUAUUGGAAAUUAGCAAUUAAAGUACUCUUCUAAAAUAACAGGCACCUCACUAGUACCUGCACCAGAUUCAUAACAAUAGGUCCAGACAUUGAUACUGCUGUUGUCUUAAUCUAUAACGAUAUAUGUGCCUCUUGAUGAAGGGCUGCCGGGGCUUCCUUUGUUUACUAAUAGCUCCUGGAAUUUUGCCGAAUUGUAACUCACAGGAUUCGUGCGCGGACGUGGCUGGGUCGGCACGCUUUUGACGCAAGAGAGCGCUAGUACACGCUUAAAAUAUCUUAUCAUAUUAGUGGCGGAUAAGGGUUAGGUUCUGCUUAUGUGGGGCAAUUCAGUGUAAGCCCUAUUUUGAACCGAACAAAUGGCAGCGGAUAAGAAACUUGUGUACAGGUGUAUUGAAUGCAGUAAGGAAUCCAGAGAACUGUACAGAGACUACAGGCAUGGCGUGUUGAAAAUCACCAUUUGUAAAUCAUGUCAGAAGCCAGUGGACAAAUAUAUAGAGUAUGAUCCGGUCAUUAUACUGAUUAAUGCAAUGCUGUGCAAAGCACAGGCAUACAGACAUGUCCUUUUUAACACUUCAAUCAAUAUCCAUGGGAAGCUAUGCAUAUUUUGUUUGCUUUGCGAGGCCUACACCAGGUGGCUGCAGCUGGCAGGCUCCAGCAAUAUAACUGACCCUGAAGAUAUCAUUCGAUAUGCCAAAGAAUGGGAUUUCUACAGGCUGUUUGGAAUAGCUGCUCUUGAACAAGCUGCAUACCUCACUGGGGUCUUUAUUGCUUUGUAUCUAGCAAGGCCCAAAUCUCUUCAGUCACAUGCUGACUUUGCUUUGCUUUUAAAAGCACUUUUGCUGUCGAGCUAUGGAAAGCUUUUGCUGAUUCCAGCAGUUAUUUGGGAGCAUGAUUACACCAACCUGUGUCUCCGGCUCAUAACACUGUUUGUCUUAACAUCCAAUAUGCAAGCAAUACGAGGGGUCAUUUACCAAGACCGGACAAGAAAUGCAAGAACACGAAGGAACACUGAAAAAAAAGAGUGGAUUGCAGCAUCUGAAGACAAAUCGGGACCAGAUAAAAACAGUGUACAAAGUACAAUAUGGCUGAUUGGAGAUGUUUUUUGCACAAUGCCUAGCUUUAGUAAAUGAACCCCAAUAUCUCCUUCAGUAGCCUCCGGCAAACUUUAGAAAUAAAGACAAUUGUUCUGCU